UACAAUAACCCCCAACCUACAUAAUGAGUACUGCUGUACCUCUGAGUGUAUUAGCUUUGCCGUAGCGUCCGAAUAGGAGUUCACUGGAGAAAUUCAGGGGUUAAAAUCAUAAUAAUUCGACGUUGAGGUUUAUUUUCUCUGCUGACUGGUCUGGGCUCUGGGUCGCGCUCUUGUUAACUUGCUAGGAGGAGACUCAAGUGACAUUUACGUUGAUUCAUUCAUCCACAACAACAAUGGCAGCACAGGAUUUCAAUUUCUUGCUCGCGACGGAUUCUUAUAAGAUCACACACUACAAACAGUAUCCUCCAAAUGUCAGCAAAAUCUACUCCUACUUUGAAUGCAGACGCAAGAAAGGCUCCCAGUUUAGUGAAGUGGUGUUCUUUGGUCUUCAGUACCUGCUGAAGAAAUACCUCAUAGGCCCAGUGGUCACAGAAGAGAAGAUUCAGGAAGCCAAGCUCUUCUACCAGAUGCACUUCAAACAGGCUGUGUUCAAUGAGGAAAGCUGGAGGAAAAUCCUUGAGAAACAUGAUGGCCGUCUUCCUAUCCGGAUCAAAGCUGUCCCCGAGGGAAGGAUUAUACCGAGAGGCAACGUGCUCUUCACUGUGGAAAACACAGAUCCUAACUUCUACUGGCUCACCAACUACAUUGAGACCAUGCUGGUCCAGAUGUGGUAUCCUAUCACAGUGGCCACCAUAUCCAGAGAGUUCAAGAAGAUCCUGGCCAAGCACCUGAAGGCCACCUCUGGGAGCCUGGAAGGUCUGGACCUGAAACUGCAUGACUUUGGCUACAGAGGAGUCUCUUCACAGGAGUCUGCAGCAUUAGGUGGAGCAGCUCACCUGGUUAAUUUCUGCAGUACAGACACAGUGGCUGGGCUGCUAAUGGCUCAGCGAUACUAUGGCUGCCCAAUGGCUGGCUUCUCCAUUCCAGCAGCAGAGCACAGUACCAUCAUCUCCUGGGGGAGGAGCAGGGAGAAGGAGGCGUUUGAGCGAGUCCUUGACCAGUUCUCCUCAGGGCCGGUGUCAGUGGUCAGCGACAGCUACGACAUCUUUAACGCCUGUAAACACAUCUGGGGAGACAAGCUGAAGGAGCGAGUCAUGGAGCGCAGCCAGGACUCAUGCCUCGUCAUCCGGCCGGACUCCGGAGACCCUGCAGAGACCCUUAUCGAGGUCCUCAAGAUUUUGGAGGAGUGUUUUGGCUGUUCUCUGAAUUCUGUGGGAUACAAGGUGCUGCCUUCUUACCUGCGAAUAAUUCAAGGAGACGGCAUUGACCUCAACUCCGUAGAUGAGAUCCUUAAGAAGCUGAGUGAUGAAGGCUGGAGUGCUGAAAAUGUCUUCUUUGGUUGUGGCAGUGCUCUGCUUCAGAAACUCAACAGAGACACGCUCAGCUGUGCCUUCAAGUGCAGCUAUGUGGAGACUAACGGCAAGGGGAUGGACGUGUACAAGCAGCCGGUGACUGAUCCAUCCAAGGGGUCAAAGAGGGGUCGAUUAUCACUGAGGAGAAACUCAGAUGGCUUCUUAGAGACGAUAGAGAGAGGAGCAGGCAAACCUGAGGAGGACCUGCUGGUGACUGUUUUUGAGAAUGGCAGCUUGGUGCUGGACUACUCCCUGGAGGAGAUCAGGAAGAACGCUCGGCUGAGGGAUGAGGAGGUGAACCCCACCCUGCACAACCAUGAAAAGGAGCUGCUGCACAAUCACAUCAUCAACGGCAUUCAUUAGAUCAACCACAGAGCCUUUCACAGUGCAUAGAGCACUUAAUGUUUUAACAGGGUGCAGUGAAAUGAACACUGCAGUGGUUUCAAAAGACACCCAUCCAAGUAUAAACUGAACAUGUUAACGGGGAGUGAAAAGCUGUUUUCUCACAAGACACUAACAUUUACUAUGACAAAAUAUGAACAGUAUUAUUGAUUAUAGUAAUCAUGCAGUAUGGGUUACACUUGCUAAUGAUAGCACUAGUGUUUGAUAUCUAAUAUUUAAUUAAAGGUCACUGUCAGCAUCAUAUAUCAGCACAGUUAUAUAUUGCUGCAGCCCUUCUUUGGUUUGUGUUUUUGAAACACAAGUCAUGUACAGUUUGUAAAUGAAGACAUCACAUCACUAGUGCAGAUUCUGCUGCACUGCCUCAGUUUGGACAAAAUCACAGUCAAUGAAGUCAUACCUGUUGUUUCUAUUUCCUGAUUUCUGAUGCCACUGGCCCACAAAGCACACUAUGAAACCCCAGUGUUUAGUAUUGAAUAAAUAAAAAAAUAUAUCAUGAAAUGAAUAAUCCUAUGAAUACAUUGUGUAAAAUAUAUAAAUGAACCAAUAAUUUGUGAAAUAAUUGAAGGUUGUUGAAACUCAACUUAUUAUUAUAAAGAUGUAAUUUCAUCAUUAAUCAUCAGUUUUAUUCAUUUGAUUAAACUACAGACAUGUUUUAUU